AUGGAGCCGACUCAACCUACUCAGACCCAGCCGACACAAAAGUCGCCACUGGUGCAAGAGGAAGAAAAAAACUCCGAUCACGUGUGCCGCUUGAUCUGUACCACAGGUCAGUAUCAAAGCUUUGACUUGAACAAAAACCAGCCGACGCGAAGCACGGCUCUGGCGACGAAAAAAACGUGGCUUUUCGGCAGAAACGCCGACUGUGAUUUCGUCCUAAGCACUUGCACGCGUUUGUCCAACAAGCACUUCAAACUUUGGCUCAACUUGGCCGACAAAACUUUGUGGAUCCAAGACACGUCCACCAACGGCACGCAUCUCAACGGGAGCCGGCUCGUGAAGGGCUCGAACUACAUAGUCAACCAGGGCGACGAGAUUGCCGUUGGUGUGGGCGUGCCAAAAGACGUUAUACGGUUUGUGGUUCUAUUCUCUGAUUUGUACAAUCCUUCCAACUCCGAAAAGAGCUCCGUUAUCAAGGACGAGGGCAUUUACAAGGACUUCAUCAUCAAAAACGAAACCAUCGGCCAAGGCGCGUUUGCUACUGUGAAAAAAGUCAUUGAACGUUCUACAGGCGACUCAUAUGCCGUGAAAAUCAUUAACAGAAGAAGGGCAAUCCACGCAGGCGGCAAAGGCGCCAUGCUUGGCGUGAACCGAGAGCUAGAGAUUCUCCGCAAGCUAGACCAUCCGAACAUUGUCAAACUCAAGUCUUUUUACGAGGAUAUCGAAAAUUAUUAUUUGGUAAUGGAACUCGUGCCGGGAGGAGAUUUAAUGGACUUCGUGGCAGCAAAUGGGGCUAUUGGCGAAGACGCCACUCAGGUAAUCACAAGACAGGUGCUUGAUGGGAUUGCCUAUGUACACAAAUUGGGUAUUUCCCACCGGGACUUGAAACCCGAUAACAUUCUUAUCAUGCAAGACGAUCCGAUUUUGGUGAAGAUUACAGACUUUGGCCUCGCUAAAAUCAGCGAUAACGCUACUUUCAUGAAAACUUUUUGCGGCACUUUGGCCUAUGUAGCGCCCGAAGUCAUUACAGGGAAAUACGAUCAUUCACAAGAUUCGCCUGUUAAUUAUAGCAAUUUGGUGGACAUUUGGUCAUUGGGAUGCCUUGUUUACGUUCUACUAACUUCGCAUUUGCCUUUUAAUGGCAAGACGCAAACUCAAAUGUUCCAGAAAAUCAAAUCUGGUGAGUACCAUGAAUCGCCUUUAAAUUCAUACAAAAUUUCUCCAGAAGGCCGCGAUUUCCUUAACCGGUGCUUGCAAGUGGACCCAAGAAAUCGGAUUGUGGCUGAAGACGCAAUAAAACACCCUUGGCUUGCCGACGUUGAACCAUAUCCAUCACAAGAGUCACAGUUGUCCCAGAAAGUUGUGAGUCUCUCUCAAUCUACAUCACAACAAUCUCGAAAGAUCGAAAACGGAAUUCAAGUCAACUCAUCCAUGAGCAAAUUGGAUGACGACAUUAUGAUGAGAGCCUUAGACUCAGACCGCAAUAAGAAACAAAAGAAAGUAACCAACGCAGAGUUUAAGGUUCCGAAGCGCGUGAUCCCACUCCCACAAUCUCAGCCAUUACAACCAAACAGCCAAAACUACCCAUUUGUUCUGCCCAAAAAGGUAGACAAACCCAAGUCUUCCUCGCAGAAGAAGCGUAGCAUCGAUGAAUUGCUGAACUCACCACAGAAAAAGUUUAAAGCCGACCCCGAUAUUAAACGUUUAUCCAUCUCCAGAGCCGAGGAAAUAGCGCCUUCAGAUACAUGUAUAAUCUUGGAACCAGCCCCUGAAUCUAUCAUGAAAAGGCCGAUUUACAUUAGACAAGGGGUGAACCCUUACGCCAUAGGACGAAACGAAACUUGUGACACAUUUAUCAAUGAUGAUCGUAUGUCGAAAAUCCAUUGCUUGAUCAACAAAAAGAGACAUCCAGUGUUAGAAGCCUCCAUUUACGAAAGUCCAGCCCAUUGUCUUGAGGACAUUUGGCUCUUAGACUUUAGCACCAACUCUUGUUUUGUCAAUGGAGUUCGUCUCGGGAAAGGUCGCAAAGUGCAGAUUUUUAAUAGAGACAGAGUCGAUUUCUUUGUCGACGAUACGUGCAACCAACUGAUGAGCUUCAUAGUUCGUAUCAAUGAUACCACUGGUCUUUUUAAUGGCGGAGAAAAAGUCCAGGACCACAAAUUUGUCAAUGUGGUCAAGUUUGACGCAGCAGAUGCCAAACUUCGCCCUCCAAUAGUGGCAGAACCGCCUUCUGUCAAACUGCAUGUCAACGGCUCACUCAGCCAACAGUACAGCGAUGGAAUCUUGGCAGGCAACGGAGGAAACUUCAAUUCGCUGCUUCGGAUCCAAAGGAAAGUAUACGAUCACGCCAAAUCGUCGCUGCAGUCCUCCAAAAGGGCCAGUCUCCAAAGCGGCCAGGAACGGCCAAAAAACUCGUGGGUCUAA